AUGGACCUCUCAAAGCUCACCAGAAAGACCCUCCAGGUCUCCCGCGGCUUCAGCUACACCUACUACACCUCCCCCGCCCAGGACUCCAAGCCAACUCUCAUCCUCUUCCACGGCUGGCCCGACACGGCGCGGCUCUGGGCCGGUCUCAUCAACGACUACCUCCUCCCGCUUGGCUAUGGCAUCGUCGCCCUAGACUGCCUUGGCUACGGUGGGACCUCCAAGCCCACCGACCUCAGCUCAUAUGCGUGGCAGCAUAUGACGGCCGAUGCUGUCGAAAUUCUCGACGCUGAGAAGCUAGCCACCCGACUGUAUAACUUGUACCCUUCGCGUGUAUCCGGGGUGAUCAUGGUGAACCUCGCCUACAUCCCUCCAACCGGGCAUUUCGACCUUGACGCGGUGAACAAGGUGACCAAAGAGGUGUACGGGUUCGAUGCCGCGGAUAUUAUGAACCAGAACCUCGAGUCCGUAUAUAGCGUGGCAUUUGGGGACCCCCACACCUGGCUCGAGAAUUCGACCAGCCCCGGCGGGAUGCGCAAGUUUGUCACUGAGGGCCGCAUGCAGCCGACCCUUCCGUACGCGACGCCCGAUCACAAGGCAGAUGUCAUGGACCGAUUUAGCAAAAAUGGUGGUUUUGACGUGCCGAGUGGUUGGUACAAAGCGUUAACGUUCGCUGUACAGAAUGAGGCAGAUAAACUGGUGGAUGAGGAGGCAAAGACGGUCAAAUUGCCCGUUUUCUACUGGGGCGGAGAGCAGGAUUUUGUGUGCAGGCCCGCCGCACUACAGCUGAGCGUUGAUGCAGGGUUGCUGCCGAAUGUCAAGAGUGUGACAAGGGAAGGGGCGCAUUGGGCACUCCUCGAGAAGCCGGUUGAGUUUGGUCAGGAUGUGUUGGGCUGGUUACAGGGAAUUUUUAGCUAG